AAGUUUGGUGAAUCAGAUUGUCACCAGGGAAGCCCAGAUGUAUUGUGCGUGGCGGGCAAGCAAACAAGGAGCGAGAGAGAACGAGAUCAUAGCGAGGAAUGAAUUGUUUCACACUGUGUAUUUAAGUGUUGACCUUUGGCAUACGAGUUAGUUUGUUUUGUUAUUCAGCCUGACUUACGUUGAAGGUGAGCAUUCAACAGCAACACUCGGUAUCCCUCGCCUCUUACCCUGUGGUUAGUCAUACUUUUUGGAACCAGCCGGCUGGUUAAAAUAGUUUGGUAUCAAUUGUCCAACCGUCCGUUUCUUUUGUUUUGCGAUGAACCAUAUUUGUAGUGUUGCCUUAUUAUUAUUUAUUUGUUAAUAUUACCAUAACACUUAAAAUAAGACGAAUAUAUACUAAGGAACAGGAUCUUCAAACGACACGAUUUAAAUUGCUUUAACAUAAAUCGAGAGCUUUAGAGAAUUAAGGAAAGAACUUGUUGUUAAACCUUUUUCACAGAAUUGAUUGGCCCGGGCCGGGAGAAUACCGGCGAAUCUUUAAUAAUAAUAAUGAUUGAACAGAUGGCUAAUCAGUAGACAUCACCAGCCCACUGCCAGCCUACCCGUACCCUUUGUGCCUAUAUCUCAGUUGCCCUCCAUACCCAGUUUUUAGCUUUUAUAUAAAUCAUUACUAAUUUAGUUUUAUAGUUACAUAAAUUAACACUUUGCUGCUGCAGGAAAACAAGGCACAAACAAUAUGACGAAACAUAUAAUGCUAAAUUUAUUUGUUUUAGAAAAGAACAUCCAGUACUGUACUUCUAAUUAUUAAUGUAUGUUCAGAGAACCUGUUGGGAUCAUAUAUUACAAGCUGGACUUUUUAUUUUUUUACAGCCUCUUUUCAUAGGGCUACCUUUGAAGUCCUAUUUUUUAGCAGUAGACAUUAAAGAAUAUACAUUUAUUUGUGUAGCACUGUUAUUAUAACAUUUGCAAGCUAUUCACAAAAUACACGCAUUCUCCUCGUGCUGAAUUUGUGAAUCCUGUUCUCUGGGGAUUUUUUAUAUUUUAUUAGUACUUUUAAACAUUAUAGUAUUAGAAUCCUUUUGAGUUAUUACUUCACGAAUCUCACCCCCGAGUCACAUUUAUAUUGCGUGUGGUUUGUCUGAAAAGUGAACUAGGAUGGCAGGGUUGAGUAUACGCACGAGGUUUGGCUACGGGGUGGGUCAUGUGCUUAAUGACCUUUGCUCGGCUAUGUGGUUCACCUACCUCCUCAUAUAUUUCCACCAUGUGCUGCUCUUCGACAACUCACUAGCAGGAGUGGUUCUCCUGAUUGGUCAGGUGGCAGAUGGGCUGUCCACACCAUUUGUUGGUAGAGAAGCAGAUCGUACAGAUGACAUGCUCUUUUGUUCACGUUAUGGUCGCAGAAAGUCAUGGCAUCUCUUAGGCAUCAUUCAUCUUGGGAUGCAUUAUAGGAGGGGGAGCCUGCAUAGCAGUGUGGUUUGGAAGAGGAGACUUGUACAAACAGUACCUGUUGUAUGGAGUGGCAGCUCUGCUUGGAGCUGGAGGCUCCAUCAUGCUUGUUACAUCACUUUCAUUUACUGCAGAUCUUAUUGGGCCCAACGUGGAGUCUGGGGCUUUUGUAUAUGGUGCCAUGAGCUUUACAGAUAAGAUUUCCAAUGGUGCAGUUGUCAUGCUCAUCCAGAACCUAAAUCCUUGCACCAACUGCUGUCCUCGUUGCUCUUCUUACUACCAGAAAGCUUUGGCGAUAGCAUGUGGAGCCGCAGCUAUGCUUGGUCUGUUUGCUGUUCUUUCCCUUUCCAAUAAUAUUGGUGAUCGCCAAAAAGGUAAUGUGUCAGAUGACUGUGCCCCUGAACAUUCAGAGAACAUUGGUGCUGAUGAAGACACUCAAGGGAGCACACCAUCUUAUACAAACUCAACAAUGUACACAAUUGCAUGUGUAGACCCAUCAAGUGCAAUGGCAGCUGCAAGUGUUGGAUCUGUAAGGAGUAUUUGUGAUGGCUUUGGUACAGAGAAACAGGCCAACACUACAAGUGAUAAUAACCAACCAGGGUCAGAAGAGUAUGCUGCUGUUCCACAAGGUCUGCGAGCUCGUGUAUCAUCGUCUUCGUCGUCCUCUGACAGUGAAGAUGGUGCUGGUGUGUCUGUAGCAUAGCUGAAUAAUGCAGGAUAGCAUAUUUUAUUAUGGAUGAAAUGGAUAGUUGUGAUUAUUAAUAGUGUACAAAACUGCUGGAUAUUCACUAAUGGAUUAUUAUUUUGCUAGAAAAUUAAGCACAGUAAUAUAACUUCAUCUCUGCAAGUGAAGAUAUAUUGGUUAUAGAAAAUUAACUUUCUUCCAAUAAAUGACUUUUUAAUCCAUCUUGUUUUAAAGGUUGACCAGUGAUAUAUUAUCAGGUUGUGACAAACAUAUUGAACUUUUUAAUGUACUAUACAAGAGGCUGCAAAACAGAGUAGACUCUUCAUGAUUUAAAAGCACUCGAGUUAAUUUAUUUAACAAAAAUUCAUAAAUCUAAUAUAUAACAAAUAAUAUAAACUGAAGUGUGUUUAUCAUCAUUCACUUUUUCUUUUAGUCUUAACCCCUGAUUAUUUGGAAUAGAAUGAACUGAUGGAGGAGAACCUUGAACUUUCACAAAUAUAAAAGUGUUCCGAUAGCACAACAUACCAUUUAUGUUUAACUUAGAAUUUAUCUGAAUGGAUUAUUCACAUUAUUAUUUCAGGCUAAUAAACUAUUCUGAAUUAUUGUAGGUAUAUUACUCUGUUCAUGUUGGUCAAAGAUACUUAGCAGUGAAAUUUAUUAUACAAUGUUUCACCCAAACUGAGGCUUUAGAAAAUAUAGUACUUGAAUAAUACUACUAUGGAUGAAAAGUAUAAUAGCAGAGUUCUCUGCUAAAAGUAUAUUUGAACUUUCCAAGUUGUUAGUGUUAAGAAAAAUCUUGAAAUGUGUACUUUAUAUUAUACAGCAAACUCUUAGCCAAAUGAAAUUAUCAUAAUAUAUUGUGACAAUGUUACUCUUUUGGGCUUGGUGUUUAGUUUAUAUUAUUUGUGAUAAUGCAUAAUAGUUUAUGAAACCUUGUGACAAGAGCUGUGUUACCCUUUUGGGUUUAGCACUUUAAUUUGAUUAUAAGAUAGCAUUAUGUAGUGGCAAUAACAGACUUAACAUCUGGAUACACUGCAGGAAAACACAUCUGCAGCCUUUGAUGUCUUAUGUUGAAAAUCAAAUUAGCACUGACUUAUAGCUGUAUAACCCUUAUGGGAUUAAUGCUUCCUCGUGGAUAUAAUAAUCAGUAUAAGAUACAAGUUUUAUAACCCAUAUGUGCUCCGGUUCCCUGAAUUGAGCCUGAGUACCUUCCAUCCCUCCCACAUGUGCUGUAUAAUCCUACAGGUUUAGCACUCCCCAUGAUUGUAAUAAUUUAUAACUCAUACACAAAGUGUUUUAUUUCAGAUAUAAUGUUCUGUGAUAAACUAAUGUAAGAGUACAGAGGUCCCUCGAGUUACGAUAUUAAUCCAUUCCAGAAAUAUCAUACCUCAACCCCCAAAAUACAUGGGUUUAUGGUAAUUUGUUUCAGAUGUCAGAACGCAGCCAACUUGCCAUUCCCCCCAAAAAAUUUUCCAAGUACGUCUGCCUUUUAUAGGCUUAUGCCCAGGCAAGUGGAAGGAUACGGCAGGGCAGGCCACAGCAGGCUAUCAAUCCAUGAGAUAAUGAAUUUUCCCCUCCCCCCCCUUAUUCCAGGAUGGUUUUGUUUCCUUUGUGAUGCUUCCAUCUGGUAUGAAUGUUCUAAAUUUCUGCUCUAUCUUGGUAAUUUUUAGUCAAGAUUAUCGUAACUUUAUUGUUACACUCACUUUCGGGUGUUACAAUAAAGUACAUUCUUCUAUGUUCUCUUUUUGUAUUUGAUCUUGUAGGCUUCCUCAGCGGUACAUAUUUCAGACAUUGUUUCUGUAUUCAACUUUUAGAUGCACUGGUGUGAGUUUGUGAACCUGUUAUAUUGUUAGUACUGUAAUGUCAGGCUGUGAGAUAUGGAGGCUGCUGUAUCUUACAUUGACCAUGUGACCCAGUGAAAAGCAUCUCAUGACCCAGUAUUGGAUCACAACCUGUACUUUGAAGAACCCUGUUCUAUUGAUCUAGUGUGUAGACAUGUGAUUUUACAAAAGGAUGUACUGGACACUGACAUAACCUAUAAAACUUGUUCUCGUAUCUUGGUUCCCAGUAUAAAAUACACAGUACAGUAUUUACAUGUAUGUACACAAAUCACAACAGACAGAAAAUCAAGCUGAUAGAUCUGUUAUGUAUUGUCAAAUGCUUGACAAUGUAAAAUAUUUUUAGAUUUUCUUUUUAUGCUUCUACAUUACGCAAGAUUAUGCUUUUAUUGCAUGUAGAUAAAUAUUUGAUUAGGUUUUAGUGUAUUUUGUACAUGUCUUGUUAGUGGACUUUGAAAUAUUUUAUAUGAAUAUUUUUUUUUUUUGCCUCUUAAUAUUUAUUUUCCAGAACUUCCCUCCAAGGAAGAUGGCUAACAGGAAAAACCUCCAGGAAGUCUUAUCUAAACAUACCCUUCUUGUUUAUUCUUUGUCCCAUAUAUAUGUCAUGAUGUUGGUUACCUGCUGAUCCAAGGAAAUGGAACUACUCUUCCUUGGAUUAAGCCUGAUUAUCUAACAUAUGCUAGGUUCUAUAUGACCCCUCUGGGUUGUGCUUCCCCAUGAUUAUAAUAUUCAUCCUUCAUACGAAUAAAUCUUCAUAAAUGUU